CAUAUAUCAGCGCCGAGCGGUGCCUUGCUUGUGCCAAUGCAUCUCUUCAGAUUCGGGCCUGAAACAUUCAGUCGGGGACACCAAAUUUCCUACGACAGUGACCCUCUCCGCCAACAAUUUUUGCGAUCUUGGAGCGUGUUAAAGGGAGAACUUUGCAAAGUGCUUGGCCGAGUCUAGGGUGGUGGCUGACUUUACGUCUAGCAUUGAAGGUACGGUGAUUCAUCCUCAAAAUGGGGUCUGUCACGUUGGACACUGUUGGCUUAUUAGCAUCAUUUGUCACUGAGAAAAUUUGAACCCUUGAACCGAAUAGGCUGUUAUUUGCUCACCAAGAUCUUGCACCACGGAAUAUGGCGAUUGAUCAGUCCGAUGGGCUUUGGCUUCUUGUUGGGCACUGAGCAGGCUUUCAACCCGCCAUACUCUAAGAACCUAUCGACGAACAAUUCAAGUCUACCUUGCGACAGCCACGCAUUCGACCGUACAUAUCUGCUUACCUUGAUUGCAGCUGAACGCUUUGAAAAGGGAAGCUCACUAUUGCGAAUAGUGAGGUCUAAGUUCCUACCCUUCGGAGCUGGACGACGGUGCAACAUCAGAGCACAAGCCAUUAAGCCAAGGCGGCAGACAUUCCCAGACCUCGAGAUAUCGGGCUCAUCGACCGAAAAAUGCCGGCGGCGCGAACUGCUUCGAAGACUAAUAGCUGUAAUUGCUUACUAGAGUAGCUCAUAUAGCAACUACUUGGCUGCCUUACUUUACGGGUCUCACACCAGACCCCUUGAUAUAUCGCGAGGAAUGCCGACAACAUCAACAACCUCAAUUCAAUCCCGAACCAUUUCCUCUAGUCGUGUGGAAUCACUCAGAUAGACUGAUCCACUCGUCUUCAGCCUAUCGUUCAUGGUUGAAGUCGCACUCGAUCCGGAGCCUCCCACGUGGCCCUGUCGAGACACCAGAUCUCGGCUUUACACCCAUAUCCCCACCUCCACGUGAGGAGUAUUUGCAUCAAGGUUGGUCGAUCUGACAAGUGACAACCUCCCGACUGGGUCUUCUCACCGAAAUCGCUCUGGCGCAACGACCGCCGCCUUUUGGGAACGACCCUAGGUGCGUUCCUGCAGGCUUGACAGGGAUCACAAUCAGCACGUCAUCUUACUCAAAAGAGCCUUAUAACCCUUCCAUACCGCGACGUGAAAAAUGAAUUGGCAGCUAGCAUCAUCCUUCUUCGACUUCGUGUACUCCUUCGACUUCGUCAACCAAACUGCUGCCAGCAUGAAGGUCCUGGCCGGCCUCGCCGCGUUCUGGCCCCUCGCUGCCGGGGUGGCGCUCAACAUCACCUACUACCAGAACGUUCCCCUCGCCCCUACCCCGCUGCCGCCCUCUCACGCUGAUUCCGACGGUGAGACCAUCAUCCGGCUCUUCCAGAACCUCGGCCGCUCGACCGUCUGGAAGAGCAUCGCCAACAUCACCAUCGAGGGCGACACGUUUGAGCCUGAGGGCAUGGUCCGUUUGGGUGAUGACCGCCUUGUCGUCAGUUGCGGCGAGUACACGGAGCCGACGAUAAAGUACGGCAGCAUCAUCAACGGCACCGACCGUACCCCGGGUCAAGGUUUCGGACACUUGAUCGUGUUCAACGGCAAGGGCCAGCGGCUCGCAGAUGCCACCAUCACCAAGCGGGGCGACAUAGAGUAUCACAACGGCGGCAUCGACUUUGACGGCAAGGCCAUUUGGGGGACGAUUGCGCAGUAUCGGCCCAACACCACGGCUUAUGCGUACAAAGCGGACCCCAAGACAUUGAAGCCGACGACGGUCGUUCACUUCAAUGACCACUUGGGCGGCAUUGUUCACGACACGAAUGAAGGAACCAUCAGCUGCCUCAAUUGGGGCUCACGCAACGCCUCAACAUGGGCUCUGCGCGACAUCAAACCCGGCUGCACGUCGCCAUCCUCGUCCACCAAGCCCAUGCGCGUCGUCCGUAACCCGAGUUACUUUGUUGACUAUCAAGACUGUAAGUGGCUCGGGCACAGCAAGUUCUACAACGGCAAGAGCGUGAUGUUAUGCUCGGGCGUGGCCACCAUCGGCAGCUACAACCUGGGCGGCGUGGCGCUGGUCGACGUGGCUACGAUGCAGCCCUUGGCGGAGGUGCCAAUUGCAUUAGAGAGCGCCUUAGGUGUGCGCCUGACGCAGAACCCCGUGGAUGUGAGCGUUCACGAUGGCAAGCUACGCUUCUACUGGAUGCCAGACCAGAGGAAUAGCACGCUCUAUGUAUACGAAGCGCAGCCCAACAGUCCGUUUCAGUACGGUGGAGGCCAGCAAUAGGAAUAAUUCUUUAAGAGCGUUUAGGCGAGGUAUAAUAGGUCAUGGUAUAAUAGGUC